AUGGUAAAUGAUUCGACCGAGGAGGCUGCACAUUUUCGGUCCCUAAUCGGCGAAGUCAUGGAAAAGGAGCUACAUCCAGAUCAUUCACACCUUGAAGAACCACAUAUCAACCUUAACACUCGUGGUCGACCAAAAAGAAAUAACACUAGGCGUGAUCGUAGCUAUUUCGAGCAUGUGAACCGUCAACACACUCAACGUGGUGGUGACCCAGAACCAGAUCCAAGUGACAUUAGUCAAUGCAGGUAUUUGAACUUGCUUCCAGCCCCAAUGUUGCCGUACAUUUCGUCUUGGAAGGAUGUCAUUGGUGAUGGGAACUGUGGCUUUCGUUGUGUUGCCGACUUCUUCUUUGGCGAUCAAAAUAAGUGGUUUGACGCUCGGGAAACAAUAGCGAACGAGGUCGCUGGUCAUCCUGAUUUUUACGAACGGAUUUACGGGCUUGGGCGACUUUGGAUGAACGUGGAGCGUAUUCGAUGGGAUGGUGGGGCUGUCGGGGAGCGGCAUUGGAUGGUUACAAUUCAAGAUUUAUUUCCUAUUGCUACGUGGUUCAACGCAAGGGUGAUUUGUCUCGGAGUAGGCCUAGUACCAACUUGCUACUACCCAUGCAUCACAGUCUUACCGCUUAGGGCACGCAACGGGGUUCGGUCACCGACUCGAGAGUUUGUGAUUGCUACAGUUGGUGGAUCACAUUUUAUCCGUCUUGACCUUGUACCUGAUUCACACUCCCGCCGAUCGCCGGUUGGUGGACGGAACACCACGAGGAUAGUGUCAAUGGAUGGGAUCAAGCAUAUCAAUUGA